UCGUGUAGCUGCUACUAAUGGCCAAGUCUUCAGUGUGCGCAGUUCAGUUUCAGUUUGAGGAAUGCUGCUCCGGUCUGUUUACCUACUGCUGGCUGGCCUCUCGUUGUGAAAAGUUGCAGAGUCAUGGAGGUGUAGAAAUUUCCUCCCGCCCUCUAACGCAUCCCGUCGAACGGCAUGCCCUCUGAAACUACGGCUGCUGCUGCACUUUGAACCGAGCACAGUUCUGCUUUUUUGACGUAGCAUGGGACGGACAGUUUCCUCUAAGAGAGAGAAAAGGGGACAGAAAGCAGCAACCUGCCUGCCACAGGAGAGCUCGUCCUUCGCUCGGACAGCCACCCGAACCCUGCUUCGGUGUGAAUGCGGACCGCCGCGUUUUGUUGUUGUGACCCGGGGAGUUUGACAGCUGGCUGAGCAUCCUAAAGAGUGGUUUACAGGCCAAAGCCUCCUCUGAAUGUGCUCUUCAAAGCAGAACCGAAUCUCGUCUGGAACAGCCGGUAACGUCAUAAUGGAUCACCGACGUGUCCCUGAAACCUGUGAAAUCCAGACCAGGAAGAGUCUGAUUGUCAUGGUUUGAUUCAAGAGCAGUCUGAACACACACACGCUGUCAGCCACGAUGGAGAUGAGAUGUCUGGAUAAGGACACGUUGUGGGGUUCAACAUGGUUUGCCUAAGAGACAUGACCUGGAGUUGCUGGGAUUUCCUCUGAGCUGCUCGGACUGGGUUUUGGGGCUUCGCUGUGGUUACUAAUGGAAACGAACGUCAUACUGUUUACAUCCCACGUCUCUCGGGAAAUCCAAACUUGACUGAAUAGAUUUUUGUGUAAAGGUUCUUUGUGAGAUGGAGCGCGUGAGGAAGCGUGCUCCUGUUCAACGCCUGACGCCAGUGACAUAAGAAGUAUUUAAACCGAUAGAGACUGUAUGACUCUGGCAUCCUCACGAAACACAAACCCUUAAUCUGGAGUGUUUCUUUCACCGACUCUAGCAUGCAUUGCCCCAUCAGGAAGAAACGUCCCACGUGCGACUCUGAUUUCUCGGCCAUCGUUGUUCCCUCCAUGCACGGGUCUGGCUACCUUGACUAUACUGUCGAGAACCACGCCUCCAGGUCCUUUUUGGCCAUUGAUGAGUUUAGACGGCAAGAGAUGCUGUGCGAUCUGGUGUUGCACGUCACUUACAAGGACCGGACGAUGGACUUCAAGGUUCACAAAGUGGUGCUGGCCUCCUGCAGCGCCUUCUUCAGGGCCAUGUUCACCAGAGGCUUCAAGGAGUGCAGCGCUUCGGAGGUCACCCUGCGCGACGUGUGCCCCGAGGUGGUGGGAAGACUCAUCGACUUCGCCUACACGUCCCACAUCACGGUGGGAGAGAAAUGUGUGCUGCAUCUGCUUCUGGCCGCCAUGAGAUACCAGAUGGAGGACGUGGCCAAGGCGUGUUGCGAUUUCCUCACGAAGCACCUGGAGCCGGCCAACGUCAUCGGGAUCUCCCGCUUUGCCGAGGAGAUCGGCUGUACGGAGCUGCACAAGACGUGCCGGAAGUACAUCAACUCGCACUUCAGUGAGGUGACCAAAGUAGACGAGUUCUUCAGUUUGUCUCACUGCCAGCUGCUGGAGCUCAUCAGUCAGGACAGCCUGAAGGUGCUCUGUGAGUCUGAGGUGUAUAAGGCGUGCACAGACUGGGUGAGGUGGGACAUGGAGAGCAGAGCCCAGUACCUACAUGCGCUGUUGAACGCCGUUCAUAUUUAUGCGCUGCCUCCCAAGUUUCUAAAGAACCAGCUGCUGUCCUGCCCCAUCCUCAGCAAGGCCAAUUCCUGCAAGGACUUCCUGUCUAAAAUAUUCCAGGAAAUGACGCUGAUGAAAGUUACUCCUGCACCCAUUCGUGGAACCCAGCUCAUCUAUGUGGCUGGAGGAUACCGGCAGCAUUCCCUGACCACCAUGCAGGCGUACGAUCCCAGGAGGAACAUCUGGAUGAAGCUGGCCGACAUGGGAACUCCAUGCAGUGGGCUGGGAGCCUGCACUCUGUUUGGACUCAUCUACGCCGUGGGAGGCAGGAACCUGUCACUGCAGACUAACUCGGACUCCAGCUCUCUGUGCUGCUACAACCCGAUGACCAACCAGUGGAGCCAGCGAGCCUCCCUCAACAUCCCCAGGAACCGGGUCGGCGUGGCUGUGGUGGACGGCUGCAUCUACGCCGUGGGCGGCUCCCAGGGCUCCGUGCAUCACAACACGGUGGAGAGGUGGGAUCCGGAAUGCAACCGCUGGUCUUUUGUGUGUCCGAUGUCCGUGGCUCGACUCGGAGCGGGCGUGGCGGCCUGCGGGGGGGCUCUGUACGUGGUGGGGGGGUAUGACGGACAGAACCGCUGGAGCACGGCUGAGCGAUACCUGCCCGACUCGAACACCUGGCACCCUCUGGCUCCCAUGAACACUAGACGCAGCGGACUGGGAUUGGUUAGCAUGAACUCUUACCUGUACGCCAUAGGAGGCUACGACGGGCGGAACCAGCUGUGCUCGGUGGAACGCUACAACACCGCCAGGAACAUCUGGGAGCCCAGGGCCUCCAUGAAGCACUGCCGCAGCGCGCUGGGCGUCACGGCCCACCAGGGACGCAUCUACGUCUUCGGCGGGUUUAACCAGCACGGCUUCCUGUCCAGCGUCGAGUGCUGCUGUCCGGACCAGAACGAGUGGGCGCUCAUCACCGACAUGCCCGCCGGGCUCAGCGGCAUGGGCAUCACCGUCACCAUGGAGCCCUGCCCCGGCCCCCUGCCCGAACAGGAAGACGAGGAUGAAUCCAUGUAG